AUGAUGGAUUGUGUUGAAGAGACUACCAAUGAUCCCCUCACAGCUCCGAUCUCAUCUCCAUCAUCAGGUGACUCUGCUAUAGAAAAGAAAAAGCCAAGUGAGAAUGUGUCAUUAGCUGAUAAUAGCCUACUGGUAGAUAUAUCAGAUGCACUAAGCGAAAAGGAAAAAGUGAAGUUCACCGUUCACACAAAAACAACGCUACCUGAAUUUCAAAAGUCAGAAUUUCUGGUGGUCCGUCAGCAUGAAGAGUUUGUCUGGUUGCAUGAUAGAUAUGAGGAAAACGAAGAAUAUGCUGGUUAUAUUAUUCCGCCAGCCCCUCCUAGGCCUGACUUUGACGCUUCCCGGGAGAAACUCCAACGGCUUGGGGAAGGAGAGGGAGCUCUUACUAGAGAAGAAUUUCUUAAGAUGAAAGAAGAGUUGGAAGACGAAUACCUCGCUACAUUCAAGAAGACAGUGGCCAUGCACGAGGUGUUCCUUCAGCGAUUGGCCGCGCAUCCGGUCUUCAGGAAGGACGCUCAUCUACGCGUCUUCUUAGAGUACGAGCACGAUUUGUGCGCAAAGCCAAGGGGGAAGAUGGAUCUCAUCGGAGGAUUGGUCCGCUCAAUGACUACAACAACAGAUGAAAUAUACCUAGGCGCGACGGUACGCGAUGUGAACGACUUCUUCGAGCAAGAGACAUCGUUCCUCCAAGAGUACUAUUCGCAUUUGAAGGAGGCUGUGACCAAAGUGGACCGUAUGACGGCCAAACAUAAAGAUGUGGCAGACGCUCAUAUAAAACUAUCGUCGUGCAUAACUCAACUGGCGACACGGGAACAACCGCCCACUGAGAGGUUCCUCACACGAGCUGCCGACACCUUUGACAAAUGCCGGAAAAUCGAAGGGCGCAUGGCGUCUGAUCAGGAUCUGAAAUUGGCGGACACACUCCGUUACUAUAUGCGGGACACGCACGCGGCCAAAGCUGUGCUAGUCAGACGGCUAAGAUGCUUGGCCGCGUACGAAGCUGCAAACAGGAAUCUCGAACGCGCCAGGGCGAAGAAUAAGGACGUCCAUGCUGCGGAGCAAGCGCAGUCCGAAGCAUGCGCAAGAUUCGAACAGCUCUCGGCGCGAGCUAGGGAAGAGCUCAUCGACUUCAGAUCUAGGCGUGUCGGUGCUUUCAAGAAAAGCCUAAUUGAGUUAGCGGAAUUGGAGAUAAAACAUGCGCGGGCGCAACAGGAACUUUUCAGAAAAUCACUCCAAAUGCUAAAGGAGUGCCAAUAA